AUGAAAGGAGAAAAUGCCCCGGACGAAUCUAUCAAUUUGAAGUUUUGUUAUGGAAUAAAUAAAUCAUUUAGUAGUGUACAUGUAGUAAAAAUAAAAGAAUGUAAACAAAAUGAUGUGCUCAUUAUAUACAGCUCAGAUAAUAAUAUUGUUAUGCUUGUUGAAAAAAGACAAAUAAUAUUUCGAGGGCAUUUUAACGAAAUUACAAAUUUAGUUAAAAGUUAUAAUAAUGAAUAUAUCGUUUCUUGUGAUAAAGGUUUUAAUUCAUCAAUUAUUUUAUGGAAAUUAUCUAAUAAUACAUUAGUUCCCAUAAAAAAAUUCGAAAUCACUAAUUUCCAAAAUGAUCAAAUAGACAAAAAUAUAUUGCAAAUAAAUUCUGAACAAAAUACAUUGCCUUAUCCUAAUAAAACUCAAGUUGAAAAUAAUCAAGUUAAGGAAAAUCAAAAUCAUGGUAUAGGAUAUGAAUGUAUUGAUAUAAGUUUUGAUAAUGCAUAUAUAUGUGCAUUAACAGAGAGAAAAAUAUAUAAUAAAAAAAAUAUUGAAAAUGGUCAGGCAAAAAUAGGUCAUUUAAAUAAUAAUUAUGACCAUGCAAUAAAAAAUGAUGAAAAUAAAAAAUGUGUGUAUUUUCAAGAGUUAAUAAUUUUUGACAUUAAUGGAGGAGAAAAAAAUAAAAUAGUUUGUAGAGAUAAAAUUUUUGGAAAAGAUAAACAAAAUAAAAUACGGUUUAGUAACAAAUAUGAAAUUGUUACAAAUAGUUGUUCAAAAUUAUAUAUUUACAAAUUUGAUAUAAAAAAAAAAAAAAUUAAUCAUUAUAGCCCGUCUUUGUAUAAAAGUAAUAAAAUACAUGAACAGUUAAUAUUUACUGAAACAUCUUUUGUCCAAGAUUCUUCUACAUUAUUAACAGGCACAACUAAUGGAUAUUUAAUUAUAUGGGAUUAUAGUACUAUAUUUAUUAAUAAAACAAAAAAUACUAUUAAACAAAGAGAAUAUCAAAAAUCUUUAGAAAUCAAAAAAAAUGUUUCUAUAAAUAAUAUAAUAAGCUAUGGGAAUUUUAUUAUAUUGGGAUUAGACGAUGGUACAGUGCAAGUUUUUGAUAAGCAAUUAAAAUGUUAUGCAUGGUUUAAAAAUCAAGAAAUAGGUGCAAUCAAAUCCAUAUCAUUUGAAUCUUCAAAUUUCCAAGAAGAUUUUUUUUCAUGGAACUCUUUUAUUCUAUUUACUGAUAAAAAUAUUAUUAAACAAAUAUAUCCAAAUAAUUUUAAUACUUGGGAUAAUUUUUAUACAUAUUCAAACGAAAUUCAGAACAAUGCAGAAAAUACAAAAUCACACCAAUCAUCAAUUACUAAAAAUUCUACUUCUAGUAUUGAAGAAAAUGAUUUAAAACAUAUCAAAAUAAAUCCCAAAAACAUAAAAAACGAUACUUCAAAAAUAACGAACAAAAUUAAUGAAGAUAAAAUAUUACUUCAAUUUAAUAGCACCUAUAUUAAUUGUAUAUGCAUAAAUCCUAUGUCCAAUGAAAAUAUAAUAUAUAUUGGUAACACAAAUGGGUUAAUUGAAAUAUUUGACUUUGAUAAAAAUGUAACUAUUGAUUUAAUUUUUUUAAAAGACAAAGAAAUUACAUCCAUGGUUUUCAGUAAUAAUGGUGAAAUUCUUUCUGUAGGAUCUAAAUGUGGAUAUAUAUAUUUGAUAAAAAAAAAUAAUUUUGAAAUAUUUUUUACUAGUAAAGAUAUGAAAUAUGAAAUUGCAUUUUUAUAUUUUAGUCAUGAUGACAAAGUAUUAAUCUCAAGCUCAGCAAAUGGAAAUAUUGUUAUUUAUAAAAAUAAUCAUAAUAAUACACCAACUAAUUCUUUUAGUUCUGAUGAAAUAUCCAACUGGAAAUUUGCAUACAAAAUUAUUAACAAUAAUGAUAAUAUACUCACUGAUUUAAAAAUUGUUAAAAAUAAUAAUGAAGAAUAUAUUAUAGCCGCUAUUACAAAUAAUAGACAUUUAAUAUUUUAUAAUUAUAAUUUUUCUGAAAACACUGUCUCGAUAUCUUAUAUAUCAAUAGAGCAAGUGUACACACCAACAUGUAUAUCCCCAACCUUAUAUUUUUAUAAUAGACAAAUUUUAUGUAUAUGCAAUGAUAAAAGAAAUGUUCGUUUUUUUGAUAUAGAAACGAACAAAAUAAUUAAAACAAUAAUUUUACCAUUUAAAAAUCAAAACGUUAAACAUUUCAUACAUAUUACAGAUUCACCAUCACAAAGUGAAUUUCUUCCAAACGAAAAUAAUAGACUUGAUAUUAAUUCAAUAUCUGAAUAUUUACACCUCGAACAAAUAAAACAUGAUUUUAAUAAAAAUCAAAUUUUUAUGCUUAGUCUUAAUGAAAAAAUGAUUGUAUUCACUACAAGUCCAAUUGACUCAAAUUGCUUUAGAUAUAUUGGGAUUAUUGUGUGCAGCGGUAAUAUAAAAAGUAUUAUAUAUAAAAAUCAAAGCGUCAUCAUAUUAAGUAAAAAUAAAAUAUUUUACUUUAAUAUUAAUACUCACACUUUAAAAAAAUAUAUAGAAUCUCAAAGCAAUACAAUGCAAAUUUUUAUAGAACAAUUAGGCGGGGAAAAAAGUAAAAUAUACAAUCAAAUUGUAGAUUCUUUUUAUUAUUGUGAAAUUCAAAAAAAAAAAUUUCAAAAUAAAAACGAAAAACACGAUAUUAAGAAAAUAUUAAAUAUUUUAUCUAUUGAAUAUAUUUUUGCCUCUAUAAAUAUUUUCUUAUCUAAAUUUGAAAUACAAAAUAUAAUUCAAGAAUACCAUUUUUACUAUAAAUAUGUAAUUCCCCUCUUAAAUAAUUAUAAUAUAUUAACUGGUCAUAAUAAAAUACACCAAAAUUAUGAACAGUUCAUAAAUCAUUCUAUUCAAAUGGGAAAUCUUACACUAUUAAACUAUAAAUCAAAUGAUGAUAUUCUUCUCCAAAAUAUAUAUUUCGUUAAACCCCUUCCUAAAUAUGUAUAUAAAAACUGCAAAGAUACACUUAUUGAAAGCCAAGAAGAUGAAAAUAAAACAGAUAUAACGAUGGAAUGUGAAAAUAUAUUUUUUAAUAUUAAUGCAUUUAUAUAUACCUAUUUUAAUUUUGCAAUUCAUGAAGAAAUAAAUUUUGAAAAAGUUAUAGAAGAUAUAAAAAAUUAUUAUCAAAAAAAGAAUAAUAAGAAAACUAUUUUAUGUAAUGAUUUUUUAAAUAUAUUAAAUAAUUAUGGAGAAAAUAUGGAUCAAAAUGAAUUUAAAAGAAUAUAUCAAAUUUUUACAGAAAAUUAUAAUUCCCUUAAUAUGGAUGAAAUAUUUGAUUUUGAAACUUUACACGAUUUAGUUCAAUAA